GUGCUACGACUGGGGGUAGACUGAGUUGUGGCAUAUAUCCAUGCUGUGUUACUGUGUUACAGCUCUGCUGCUGUCGAGUUAAUGUUGGGAGAUAUAUAGCUGCGAGUUGUUCUAAGAGGGAUACGGGAGCUUUCUGGUUUGUACUAGGAUGCAGGACUGUGUGUCCUACCUCAGGUGUUAUUAUCUUUGUACCUACCAAACAGCGGUGUGCUGUACCAUGGAUCCCGUGGCAGUUCUUAGGCAGUGAAACGGCUGAUGAAAGAAGCUGCUGAACUGAGAGACCCAACAGAUCACUACCAUGCUCAGCCACUAGAGGAUAAUCUUUUUGAAUGGCACUUUACAGUCAGAGGACCCCCUGACUCAGACUUUGAUGGAGGCGUUUACCAUGGUAGAAUUGUCCUGCCACCAGAGUAUCCUAUGAAGCCUCCAAGCAUUAUUUUACUAACGGCAAAUGGAAGGUUUGAGGUGGGCAAGAAAAUCUGUCUGAGCAUCUCUGGCCAUCACCCUGAAACAUGGCAGCCUUCCUGGAGUAUAAGAACUGCUUUGUUAGCCAUAAUUGGAUUUAUGCCUACAAAAGGAGAAGGUGCCAUAGGUUCCCUGGAUUACACACCCGAGGAAAGAAAAGCUCUUGCCAAAAGAUCUCAAGACUACUUCUGUGAAGUAUGUGGGGUUAACAUGAAGUGUACUCUACUUCCUCUUAGCUCCAGCUCCAGCCAGGCUGAUGUGGAGGCCAGAGAGCUUGCCAGACAAAUCAGUUUUAAGGCAGAAGUGAACCCACCUGGGAGUGCUCAAGGUGCUGAAAAUCCCCCUAAUCAGUCACCAGAGACAAUGGAACCAAAUGCUCACACACAUCAUGAGACUGAGGCUGCAGAUGCAUCAACCUCUGCUGGUCAAGAAACAAGUCCACCAACACCCAGUACAAAUGUCUCCAGAAGCCCACGUCAGCGCCGUGCACAGCAGAGGAGAAUUCCAGCCUCAACGGGACUCAUUCAGGUCCAGCAGCAUGCGGUUAAUGGGAGCAAUACUGGAUCAGCAGUUCUUAUUGUUGUACUGACAUUAGCAUUGGCUGCUCUUAUAUUCCGUAGAAUAUACUUGGCAAAUGAUUACAUAUUUGACUAUGAGCUAUAAUGUUUGGUCUUGUCCAUCAGCCGUUAGCGAGUGCCACAUUAAAUCCCAUGUGCAUCAGGUAUGUGUGGAGAACUGUUUACAGAAGUGACAACUUGUAUUUACUUCAUUUGUUUGAAUGGCUGCAUAUGUCUCAAGGUGGCUUUAAAAGAGAGUUUAAGUAGCAGCAUCUUUCCUGGAAAAAAACCAUUGUAUAUGGUAUUUUUCUGUAUAUCACAGUGAGAGUCCAUGAAAAUAUGUAUCAGAUAUUGUGCAACUUAUAAUAAAUUCUCUUUCUGAUAUGAUUGAAAAACAAUUCAACGCCACAAUAUACUGUAUGGGAUACUAAAACAAACAGUCUGUUUUAGUAAGGACUGACUUAAUAUAUGUACUCAUAAGAACUUAUAUAAUAUAUCAGAUCCACAGAAAUACUUUAAUAAUUGUGGUCUUCAAAGGCACAGUACAAUUAUUUACAUUUUAGUUUAUUUGCCUAAGAAGAAAAGUUGUACACGGUUGAAGGUAUUUAAAACUUUACAUUUUCUGUGUGUGAAACUCUGAAACAAGUUGGAUAAUUUUAUACCUCAAAAGGGGAUCUAAUCUUUCCCUUAUUCAUUUUCAGGCCAGUAUCUCCCAAACAAUGAAAAUACCCACAUGCUUCUGUACAUCUGCAUUUCUAUUGACUAGUUUCUAGAAACCAUAAUAUAGGGAUUGGCCCUGUUAUCCAGAAAUCCAUUAUCCAGAAGCUUCCCCAUAGAUUUUAAUUAAAAAACAAAUCUUGUCUUGUACUUGAUCCCAACUAAGAUUUAAUUAAUUCUUAUUGGAGGCAAAAUAAUUCUGUUGGCUUUAAUUAAUGUUUUAAAUGAUUUUUUAGUAGACAAGAUAUGGUAAUCCCAAUUCUCGAAAAACCCAAUGUUCCAGGCAUUCUGAAUAACAGGUCCUAUAGCUGUGUUUUUAUUUAAUUUCAUUGUUUAUCAUUUAGGCACUUCAUUCUCAUGUUCAAAUACCUGGUUACUAGAGUAAGUCAGCCAACAACUAAAUUCCAUACUGGAAAGCUGCCCCACAAAAAAAAUUGAGAUUUUAAAAACUACUGCAGUGUCUUAGUGUACUAGGGUUGCACCUAAUUAGCCAAUCUGAAUCCUGCAAAAGGUACUGAGAUUUGUUCGAAUCCCAAAUCAAAAUCUGGAUUCAGCGUGUCUUUGUGCUUUGCCGAACCAAAUCUGAACUAGAUUACCAAGCGACCAAUAAGGUGACCAAUUUGACCAAAAAAUUUAAUUUUUUUUAUUAUUUUACCAACUGAAAUAGGGAAAUUAGGGCUACAGUUUAGUUAGGUAUUCAGCUGAAUCAUUGGUGCAGGUUUCAAAAUGUGUCCAACCCAAAAAUUAUGGUUUCAAGGUAUGCUUGUUGUCUACAUCAACGGUAAAGGGAACUUAAUUUGGGCCUAAGACAUCAGAGAAGAUUAACAAGCGUGUUUCAAAUACUACAACAACAACAAAAAAGUUGAUUUUGGUUGUAGAGGUAAAAUGUUAAGAGCUGGGUUAUUUGGGUCUUUAAGGGGACAUUAUCUAUUUUUUAUUUUUAAGUACUGUAAAUUAUAGCUUUCCUUUAAUAAACGCAAAAAGUAAAUACAUAUGUUAAAAAAAAUAAAAACAUCUCUUACUCUGAUUAAAAAGUUGCGUUUUUCUUGUUUGAGAGUGGAUGGUUUUGUCUGUAAACACAAUAGUUUGGACUGGAUGUAAAGUCCUGUUGAGUGAGACCCUCUUUCUACAUGUCUGCACAUGCUCCCAAUUUGAUCUGAUAGAGUUGCACUGGAGCCAGACAAUUAGAUCAGCUCAUGUAAGUUGGAGAGAGAGAGACAGGCAUCAUGGAUGACCAGUUACAGUAAAGAUCCACUACUGCCACAGAGAUGUCUUAGCAUGUAUGGAAAGCGAUAGACUCUCAGAUGUGUUCUAAACCUUUAGAAUUCUGGUGACAAUCUGAACCAAGAAUUGUUUUAGAUGGGUUUCUUUGUGGUUUUACUGAAUGUGACAACUCAUGGUAAAAUAAAUGUUCUAUUUGUUAUUUAUAGGUUGACUAAAGGAAUAUAUCUAACAUAAUUAUCCGUAGGGAAAAAGUUAGUGUUCCAUUAAACAAAAUUCAAUGCUUUCUAAGCAAAACUAAAGUGUAUAGACAUAUUGAAAAGGAUUAUUUUGUUAAAUAAGGGUCCAGCUAACAAGGUGAGGCAUUUUUUUAUUUUGCAUUGCAUUUUGUAGGAACAUUUUGCAGCAUCCUGCAAUAUUCUUCUGUUAGCUUCAAAUGUAUAUCUUGCUUUUUUGAAUUACAGAUAAUGUUUUAAAAUGUAUUACAUUGUUACAUGUAUGCUCUAUAUGUUAUGAACUAAAAUUAUUGUCCUCUACAAAAUAUACAAGCAAUAAAUAAGGUC